ACCAGACUUCGCUGUGGUGAUCUCAUUAUCGCUGUCAUUUUCAGCAGGCAGCCAGCAUCUUAUUGUCUCCGAAGAGCGCGCACAGCUGACUAGCUUUGGGGAAGUCCAGCCCCCGACCAGACACCAUGGGGGACGAUAGCGAGUGGAUGAAGCUUCCCAUUGACCAGAAAUGUGAACAUAAGGUGUGGAAAGCCCGUCUGAAUGGUUAUGAAGAAGCUCUGAAGUUGUUCCAGAGGAUAGAAGAUGAGAAGAGUCCAGAGUGGGGGAAGUACCUGGGACUGAUAAAGAAGUUUGUCACCGACUCCAAUGCAGUAGCUCAGCUGAAAGGCCUGGAGGCCGGGUUGGCCUUCAUCGAGAAUGCCCAUGUGGCCGGCAAGACCACAGGUGAGGUGGUGUCGGGUGUCGUCACCAAAGUGUUCAACCAGCCCAAGGCUCGAGCGAAAGAGCUGGGCGCAGACAUCUGCCUGAUGUACAUCGAGAUAGAGAAAGCUGAAGUGGUUCAGGACGAGCUGCUGAAAGGACUGGACAACAAGAACCCCAAGAUCGUAGUGACCUGCCUGGACACGCUCAGGAGGGCUCUGAGUGAGUUUGGCUCUAAAAUAGUGACGUUGAAGCCAGUAGUGAAGAUAUUGCCGAAACAGUUUGAGUCCAGAGAGAAGGCAGUGAGGGAUGAAGCCAAGCAGCUCGCUGUGGAAAUCUACAAGUGGAUCAGAGAUGCCCUGAGGCCACCGCUGCAGAGUAUUAACUCUGUACAGCUGAAAGAGCUGGAGGAGGAGUGGGUGAAGCUGCCUCAGGGUCCUCCCAAGCAGAGCAGGUUCUUGCGCUCUCAGCAAGACCUGAAGGCAAAGUUUGAGCAGCAACAAGCACAAGGAGAUCAGUCUGACGGAGAGGAUGAGGAAGAAGCAGUGGUAGCAGUGGAUCCUUAUGAGCUGCUGGAGCCUGUGGAGAUUCUGUCCAAGAUGCCCAAAGACUUCUAUGACAAAAUUGAAGCUAAAAAGUGGCAGGAAAGAAAAGAAGCUCUUGAAGCCAUUGAAACACUGACCAAGAACCCCAAACUGGAGAACGGAGACUAUGGAGACCUCGUCAGAGCCCUGAAGAAGGUUGUUGGGAAAGAUGCCAACGUGAUGCUGGUGACGCUGGCGGCCAAAUGCCUGGCUGCGCUGGCCUCUGGCCUCAGGAAGAAGUUUGGAACAUAUGCAGGACAAGUGGUUCCCACCAUUCUGGAGAAGUUCAAGGAAAAGAAGGUUCAGGUUGUCCAGGCUCUGCAAGAGGCCAUUGAUGCAAUCUUCCUCACGACAACUUUCCAGAACCUGUCGGAGGACGUGCUGGGUGUGAUGGACAACAAGAACCCGUCCAUCAAGCAGCAAGCCUCUCUGUUUCUGGCCCGCUCCUUCAGACACUGCACACAGGCCACGCUGCCCAAGAGUGUCCUCAAGCCUUUCUGUGCUGCUCUCAUCAAGCAAGUGAAUGACUCGGCCCCAGAGGUCCGUGACGCCGCCUUUGAAGCUCUGGGGACGGCCAUGAAGGUUGUGGGAGAGAAAGCUGUGAACCCCUUUCUGACUGACUUGGACAAACUCAAGCUGGACAAAAUUAAAGAGAGUGCAGAUAAAGUAGAGCUUCCUGGAGGGAAGAAAGGUGCGGGUGGAGGAGGAGCAGUGGAAAAGAAACCUGCAGCAAAGGCCCCUCCACGUGCUGAAGCCCCCUCCAAAUCAUCCGGCCCACCUAAGAAGACUCAAACUGCUGGAGCCAGCAAGAUAUCAGGAGGUCCACCUAAAAAAGGGAAAGCACCAUCUGCAGCUGGAGGGAAAACAAAGAAGACCUCAGACAAUAAAGAGGUUAUAGAGACUGAACUGGCGGUUGAGGUGUGUGAGGAUCAGGCAGCAGGCGUGCUUCCUGCCUCCUGUCUGCAGCAGCUAGACUCGGGCAACUGGAAGGAGAGACUGGCUAGUAUGGAGGAGUUUCAGAGGGCUGUGGAGACCAUGGAUAAAGUGGUGAUGCCCUGCCAGGCGUUGGUUAAGAUGUUGGCCAAGAAACCAGGCUGGAAGGAGACAAACUUCCAGGUGAUGCAGAUGAAGCUGCACAUCGUGGCUCUCGUCGCUCAGAGAGGAACCUUCUCUAAGACGUCGGCCUCUGUGGUCCUGGAUGGCUUGGUAGAUAAGAUCGGAGAUGUCAAGUGUGGGGGAAAUGCCAAAGAAGCACUGACUGCGAUUGGAGAGGCCUGCUCACUGCCGUGGACAGCCGAGCAGGUUGUGUCCAUGGCAUUCGCACAGAAGAACCCCAAAAACCAGGCAGAGACGCUGAAUUGGCUGGCAAAUGCCAUGAAGGAAUUUGGCUUCGCUGGUAUCAAUGUGAAGGGAUUCAUCAACAACGUGAAGACUGCUCUGGGAGCAACCAACCCAGCUGUGCGGACGGCGGCCAUCACCCUCCUGGGAGUGAUGUACCUCUACAUGGGAGCGCCGCUGCGCAUGUUCUUUGAAGACGAGAAGCCUGCGCUCCUCGCGCAGAUAGAUGCAGAGUUUGAGAAGAUGCAGGGUCAGUCGCCUCCAGCUCCCAUCAGAUCCAUUAGGAAAGCGGGAGCAGAGGAAGAGGGCGAUGACGGGGAAGUGCAGGAUGAAGAUGCAGGAGGGGCCGGGCUGGACGUCAUGGACCUGCUGCCUCGGACAGACAUCAGUGACAAGAUCACAUCUGACCUGGUGUCUAAAGUUGAGGACAAAAACUGGAAGAUCAGGAAGGAGGGUCUGGAAGAGAUUGCAGGAAUCAUCUCGGAGGCCAAGUUCAUCACAGCCAACAUCGGGGAGCUGCCGUUGGCCCUGAAAGGACGACUCGGUGACUCCAAUAAGAUCCUGGUGCAGCAGACUCUGAAUAUUUUGCAGCAGCUGGCGACAGCAAUGGGACCUGGACUCAAGCAGCAUGUCAAAGCUUUGGGAAUCUCCAUUAUCACUGUCCUGGGAGACAGCAAGGUGAAUGUGCGGACGGCUGCCAUGACAACCCUGCAGGCCUGGGUAGAGCACACUGGGAUGAAGGACUGGCUGGAGGGAGAAGACCUGUCUGAUGAGCUGAAGAGGGAGAAUCCCUUCCUACGGCAAGAGGUGCUGGGCUGGUUGGCGGAGAAGCUGCCCACUCUCAGGACGGUCCCCGGAGACCUGAUGCUGUGCAUCCCUCAGCUCUACGGGUGUCUGGAGGACCGAAACGGCGACGUGAGGAAGAAGGCUCAGGAUGCUUUGCCAGCCUUCAUGAUGCAUCUGACCUACGAAAAGAUGAACAAGGCUACGGGCAAACUCAAACCCGCCUCCAAGGAUCAGGUCGUAACCAUGCUGGAAAAAGCCAGAGCAGUGAUGCCGGCUAAGCCUGCGGCUCCAGCCAAGAACGGAGGAGGAAAAGGAUCUGCAGAGGCCAGUAGAGCUGCUUCAGCUGCCAGUGAGGACGUACCUGACAGCAAACCUGAGGUGAAGAAGAUCCGAGGAGGAGGAGGUGCUGCUAAGAAGCAUCCCUCCCCUUCUGAAGAAUCUCCCCCUCCCUCCAAGGACAAGGACUGUAAUGGUAGUAAAAAGCCCCCCGGCAAAGGGAAGGCUGCAGCUGCCGGUCAACAGGGUCCAGCUGGCAAGAAGCCUGCAGGAAAAGCCCCGAAAGAUGAGGAAGAUAGAACCGGACCCAUCUUCACCUUCAUCCCCAACGCCAAGGAACAGAGGAUCAAAGAGGAGAAGCAGCUGAAGAUCCUGAAGUGGAACUUCAUCACUCCUCGAGAUGAAUAUGUGGAGCAGCUGAAAACUCAGAUGUCCACCUGCUUUGCAAAGUGGCUGCAGGAUGAGCUGUUUCACAUGGACUUCCAGAGACACGUAAAGGCCAUCGGUGUCAUGAUGGAGAGGCUGGAGAGCGAGAGUGAAGCUACCAUCGGCUGUCUGGACUUGAUCUUGAAGUGGUUCACCCUGCGGUUCUUUGACACCAACACCACUGUCCUGAUGAAGGUGCUGGAGUACCUGAAGCUUCUGUUCAGCAUGCUGCACCGGGAGGACUACCACCUGACGGAGUACGAGUCCAACUCCUUCGUCCCCUACCUCAUACUCAAGGUGGGGGAAUCAAAGGAUGUCGUCCGCAAAGAUGUUCGGGCAAUCCUGACCAUGCUGUGCAAAGUUUACCCAGCAUCAAAGGUCUUUCCUUUCCUCAUGGACGGAACAAAGUCCAAGAACUCCAAGCAGAGGGCUGAGUGUCUGGAGGAGUUGGGCUGUUUGAUAGGAGGAUACGGGAUGAACGUGUGUCAGCCGACUCCAGCCAAGUGUCUGAAGGAGAUUGCUGUUCACAUCGGUGACAGAGACACAUCUGUCCGCAACGCUGCUCUGAACACUGUGGUGGCCGUCUACAACGUGUGUGGGGACCAGGUUUACAAACUGAUAGGAAAUCUGUCGGAGAAGGACUUGAGCAUGUUGGAGGAGAGAAUCAAGCGGGCAGGGAAGAAGACUGCUCCAGCUCCGACCAAGCAAAGCACCGCUGAACGCUCUCAGAAAGAACAACCAGCAAACCCCAACGGCACCUUCCUCCGCAAGCCUGCACAGGAAGACCCCAACAAGCUCAAAAUAAUGUAUCGCACGUAUAGGAUCCAAGCCCGGCAGAACGCGCAGCACAGCGAGCCCUCCCACCCGUCCAUCCCCAGAGAGUUCCAGCUGGACCUGGAUAUGAUUGAGAAGGACCAGAGCAGGGUGUGUGAGCUUCCAGACCUGGUUCAACACAAGCUGGACGAACUUCUGGAGCCCAUCAUGAUCCCAGAGCCCAAGAUUCGCUCUGUCUCGCCACACUUCGAUGACCUUCACAACAGCACGGCCUCCACCAUCAACUUUGUCAUCUCCCAGGUCGCAAGUGGAGACAUUGGCACCAGCAUUCAGGCGCUGGCACAGAUCGAUGAAGUUCUGCGACAGGAAGAGAAAGCGGAUGUCAUGUCCGGACACAUCGAUCAGCUGCUCAUCGCUACCAUCAUGCAGCUACGGCUCAUCAACAGCACACACCUGGCUGACGACAGAGUGGACAAGAGGGACGUCAUCAAACUCUACAGCUGCAUCAUAGGAAACAUGCUCUCACUCUUCUCCAUGGAGGCCCUGGCCAGAGAGGCGUCUAUGGUGGUCCUGAAGGACCUGAUGCACGGCCUCGUAACACUGAUGUUGGACAGCAGGGUGGAGGACGUAGAAGACGGAACGCAGGUCAUACGGUCCGUCAACCUCUUGGUUAUCAGAGUCCUGGAGGGCUCGGACCAGACCAACAUGAUCAGCGCUCUGCUGGUGCUGCUUCAGGACACUCUGGUCUCAACGGCCGGUUCCCCCCAAUUCUCUGAGCUGGCCAUGAAGUGUCUGUGGAGAAUGAUCCGCUAUCUCCCAGAAACCAUCAACAGCAUCAACCUGGACCGAAUCCUGCUGGACGUCCACAACUUCAUGAAGGUUUUCCCCAAAGAGAAACUCAAGCAGCUGAAGAGUGACGUCCCACACCGGACCCUCAAGACCCUGCUGCACACACUCUGCAAGCUCACAGGAUCCCAGAUCCUGGACCACCUGUCAAUGAUAGAAAACCGCAAUGAGUCUGAGUUGGAGGCCCAUCUAAGGCGGGUGGUGAAACACUCCGGAAAUCUGUCCGGCCAGAAGAGCGACCGGGGAAACGAGAAGAGUGGACUCCGCAUGGAUGAUCGCAUGUCGAAGGCUAAGGUUAGUGACAUUCUGUCUGAGAUCUUCAAGAAGAUUGGCUCCAAGGAGAACACGAAGGAGGGUUUGACAGAACUGUACGAGUACAAACAGAAGUACUCCGACGCAGACCUGGAACCGUACCUCAAAAACACUUCCCAGUUCUUCCAGAGCUACGUGGAGCGAGGCCUUCGCAUCAUCGAGUCCGAGAGGGAGGGCAAGACUCGCAUCCAGACGUCUGCAGGUACACCAGUGAUUCCUCAGCAUGGAGGCGACUCCGGCCUGAGCAGCAGCAACGAAGACCUGAAACCAGCCGUCUACUAUGAAAGACUCAAGAUUUUACGCCAGAGGCAAGGCCUGGAAAACAACGCCAGGCAGCAGCAGGGUGUCGGGAGUGAAGAGGAGCCUCAACAACGGCCCGCCUUCUCCUCCCUGCUUUCCUCCAAGCCGUCGGUGGCGUCGUCCACAGACAUGCUCCACAGCAAGCUGUCGCAGCUCAAAGAGUCCCGCGAGCUGUACCAGCAGGAGCACAACGCACACUCCCACUCCCCGACGCACACCCGCUCAGCCUCGCCCGCCGCCAACCUGGACGACCUCAAGAAGCGUCUGGAGCGGAUAAAGAGCAACCGGCAGUGAAGCAGCCGCUGCUCACUCCUCGUCACAUCGUAGCGGGAGAGGGAGACGCAGCUCCCACCCGUUUAGCCCACUCGUUUUUAUGUUCAUCUUCUGCUACAUGGAUGGAAGGCAAACCGAAGUCGUCCUCUCACCCUCAGAUCGAACCUGACUCCACCCACUGUGCCUCUCAAUCAAAGAGUUGACUACAAUCUCCCUGAGAUUGUAGCCAACUGCGGUCAUAUCCAGUACCUAUCCCCAUAAUUCUAAGCUACGGUGAAACUUCAGACUUUGUUCUGUUCAUUGCAAAGAUGAAAACUGGAGGCAGGUGAUUUUAAAUGUGUCGAGGAUGAGAAUGUUGUUCCACUGUGUCUGUCCUAUUUCAGCCUUCUGUUCACUGUAUUAUAAUGAUGAUAAUAAUAAUCCAUAAUGACAUGGUGAGUCCUCUUUCCUCCAUUUUUAACGACUGUAACGAGUUUGUACAUAUUUAACUAUUUCGCCGUCACAGAGCGUCUGGUGUGUUGCUGGAAGAAAAACGGAUGUCAGGAAACGUCAUUGCCCUUCCUGUUAAACUGUGACGUCACAGAAGCUGCUGCGUUCAUGCACAGAAACAGUUUUAACUGAGUACAGUGAGAGGUGAGCGCCCCCUGUGGUCAAACACUGUUGUAGCAUCGCAGAUGUCGGACGUCUGCCCUAUGCAUCACCAUUUAGUGGUGCAACCUGAAAACGCAACUGCAGACCUGAAUUAAAAUCCCCUCUGCAGGUGUCGGCCUUAGAUUUCACUCACAACAACAUUCAGUAAUUUCUUUUAUUUCAGUAAUACUUGUUUUCUCCUCUUCUGACCUGAAGAUGAGAGUGAUAAACUUGAACUUAAAUGCUAACUUUUCUGUUUUUGGCUCAAGUUCUACGUUGACAGUUUAAUUUUAUGAAGUCUACUGAAUCAGAAAACUGCAGUUUGCAUAAAUGUGAAGAUCUCAUUCAUUCCCUAUUAUCUUUGUUGCUUCUAAAAUGAAUCCACUGGUACCGUUUUCAUGUGCCGCAGCAGCAGAGGUGGUAGUAUGUUAACACUGGCAGGACCAUCGCUGAGGGCGUCUCCUCUGGCCGUCCUGCUGGCAUAAACUCCACCUUAAGGGUUUUCCUCACAGGCAGACUGAAAUGUGUUUGAGCAUUACAAACAUGCUUUUAUUUUGAAGGAUGGGUAAUGAUUCAAAGUUUGUGACAUCCACCUGCAGGUGUGUUGAAGUUGUGUGUUGGGCUGUAAAUACUGUGUAAAGUCCUCAUUAACACAUCCCCUCAUCCGUUGGGCCGCACGAGCGCAGAGCCGAGAGCGGCCUCCGUGCGGCCGGUGGGAGUGUUGGUCGGGGCGUUCCCCGCCGGCUGCAGGAGGCCCAGUCGUGUUUGUAGGAGAGCAUGGCAUGAAGUCGUGACUGUUUUUAUUUUCUGAUGUAAAUAAAGUUUUCUUAAUAAAACUGUUCAGUAAUGUCAUUGUUUUUCUGAAGAAAAUGAUGAAGACUGUCGCUCAUCUCUUGUGUAGCUGGAUGUUGAGUGGAGAUAUUUGUAUUCUAGCGGGGUGUCUGUCCCGCGCUCAUCUUCUCGUCGUCUUGUUGCUUUCAGCUUCAUUGUGUAAUCCAGAGUGGAAAAUGGCAAUAAAGUCUUCUUGGUUUUC